AUGUCGGAAGACUUCAGCGAUAUCCCGGAGGAGCUCUAUCUGGCCACCGAAGCUCAUGUCAAGUACAUCCAGAGCUUGGAUACUAGGAAGGACGAGUAUGACUACUGGCUGACGGAGCACCUACGGCUCAACGGGCUGUACUGGGGCCUGACAGCUCUGCACCUGUUGGGCCAUCCCGACGCUCUCCCGCGUGCCGACGCCAUCGACUUCGUGCUGUCGUGCCAGCAUGAGAAUGGCGGGUUCGGCGCCGCGCCAGGCCACGACGCGCACAUGCUCUCAACUGUCAGCGCGGUGCAGAUUCUCGCCAUGCUCGAUGCCUUCGACGAGCUCGAGAAGCGCGGCAAGGGCAAGGAACAGGUGGGGAAGUACAUUGCAAGUCUCCAGAACCGCCAGACUGGCACGUUCGCCGGCGACGAGUGGGGGGAGGAAGAUACACGCUUCCUUUACGGUGCAUUUAACGCUCUGUCGCUCCUUGGCUUACUGCAUCUUGUCGAUGUCGACAAGGCCGUUGAGCAUAUCGCAGCUUGUGCCAACUUUGACGGCGGUUACGGAGUGAGCCCGGGCGCCGAGUCUCAUGCCGGUCAGAUUUUUACCUGCGUCGCGGCCCUGACCAUUGCUGGAAGGCAGGACCUUAUCGACAAAGAGCGACUCGGGAGGUGGCUGAGCGAACGGCAAAUCGCUGGUGGUGGGCUUAAUGGCCGGCCAGAGAAGAAGGAGGAUGUCUGCUAUAGUUGGUGGGUGCUAAGCAGUCUGGAGAUGAUCGGCAAGACACACUGGAUCAACAAGAGCCAGCUGGCUGCCUUCAUCCUCCGCUGCCAGGACAUGGAGAAGGGCGGCAUCUCGGAUCGACCUGGUAAUAUGGUCGAUGUGUGGCACACCGUUUUUGGCAUCGCUGGCUUGAGCUUACUCAAGUACCCAGGGUUGCAGCCAGUCAACGAGGUUUACUGCAUGCCCAAGUCGACAAUAUCUCGCAUCUUCGGCCGUUGA